AUGGCAACUAAAAAUAAAAAAACUCCUGAAAACGGCCCUUUUGAGGGCCAACACGAAAACGGCCCUUCUCAGGGCCAACACGAAAACGGCCCUUCUCAGGGCCAACAUGAAAGCGGCUCUUCCCAGAGCCUGCCUGAUGCGGUGUCGGAGCUGGAUCAAAGAGCGUCGACAGACUCAGACUCAGACUUGGGGACUAACUCCCAGGCAAGAACGAGAGGAGUCAGAAAUGAACGGUCAGGGAGGAUACGUCGACUGUCUGACACGACGGACUCCGACGACCUUGCAAAGGACGAUGAGACGGCUGGCGAGAAGUCAGUGGAAAGACAGUUGGCCCAAAAAAGGCGCCAUACUGGAUCGGACGAGGAAACGUGUCUGGGAAACCUGCCAAAAAUAAAUACAGCACGUCGAGGCGGGAAAUGGGGAAAGAGCAAGACCCGCGGAGCGUACACGGGUAUUGCUAAGACCAAAUCCCUUGGGGCAUACGUGGGAAUAGCCAAGGCCAAAAGCAUGCUGAAAAUAUGUCUCGAGCGAGGGUCUUCUGGGAAAAAAGCGGAUAAGGAUGCCAGACAUACGCCCCAAGUUCACGGGCCGGCGUCCUGCUCGAUGAAGGAAAAAAACCAAACAUCUGAACAGGUCAUUUCCGAUGAGGAGCAAGAAAUGGAGUGCAACCUGGUGCUGGAGGGUUGUCAGUCACCGGCUGCUGACGGAGACGAAGCGGAUGUGGCCCGCAGGGCAGCCAAGAGGGUGCUGGCCGACGUCAGCAAGUCAGCGAAUUUAAAGGGAACCAUCCGCGGUCGCAUUAACAAGGCGUGCCGCGAAAUAAUAAAUGCCAUGGAUAACAUUGACUCAAGAGAGGAGAAUGAGGAGGUGCAUGUCCUUCGGGCAAAUAAUAAAAGAUUGAAGGAAGAGCUAGCUCAUGCGACAUCUGAAUUGAAGGCGCUCAGAAAGGCCUUUUCCGAUCGGAAUAAGAAGGAGACUCCAGCAGGCAGUCUAAAGGCUAACCAGAUCCUGGGAGCGGUAACGGAUGCCUUGUCUGAGUUUAGGGACGAGCUGUCGGCGAGUCUCUUCAAAUCGCUAGGGGACAUGGUUAAUGCUCGCAUAGACGACAUAAAGAGUCGUCUCCCUCCAGCGCCGGUUGUUCGCCCGCCAUUAGCGGCGGACCGAAAAAAGGCAGCUACGGCUGCUGCUAGGACGGUUUCUCCUACACGGUUUCCUGUGGUUGAUCUGCCGGAUGAUCCCUGGACCCCGUUGGCGGUUCCUGCCCCCGCUCCUACCCCGAGGCCUGGCCCUGGGGAAUCUGUAGCAUCGUCUGGGUCAACGCUAAUGCCCCCUGCGAGAGCUGCACCUGGCCCGAAAGUGCCGCGGAGGAAACAAGUAGCUACCAAGCAGGUACCUCAGGUGACUCCUCCCCAUCAUGCGGGAAAUUCUUCAAAACCCACCCCCGCUCCCCGAGCGAAGAGGGUUACUCAGACGGCGCCGCCGCCACCACCGACGACUGCUAAUCAGACGUGGACAGAAGUAUUGGGCCGUAAAGCAAAGAGGAAAGCUAAUAAGAAAGCGUCUGCAGCAGUUCAACCGGCUGUGAAGCCAAAGCCGAAGCCGCGUAAAUUGGUUGCUCCAUCGACGGCGGGCAUUGUUGUGGCUCUCAAACCAGAAUCUGAGGCUACAUAUGCGGGGAUCUUCGCCAAGGUGACGACUUCUUUUGGUCUAGCUGAGGUGGGGCUAGACCACGUUAAAGUUCGGAAAACGGCCGAUGGGGCGCGUAUCAUUGAGGUCCCUGGUACCGACAAUGGCAGGGCAGCCGAUAUCCUGCGCGAGAAAUUGGAAGGCUUGGUCGGCAACGACGCGAGGGUGUACCGGCCAACAAAAAUGGCCGGCUUGAGGGUAUCAGGACUCAUGGAAUGUGCAACCAAGGAGGCAGUAGCCGAGGCAAUAUCAGCGAAGGGUGGUUGCAGACUUGACGAGGUGAAGGUGGGCGCAAUCCGUACUGGCUUUAAUGGGGUAGGUUCGACCCUCAUUAAAUGCCCAGUGACAGCCGCCAACAAGAUAGUAGAGGGAGGGCGUUUGCUUGUGGGGUGGUCGAGUGCACAAGUUCAAAUAUUGGAUCCAGCACCGCUCCGCUGUUAUAAAUGCAUGGGGACGGGACACGCUCGCGCCACUUGCCCUUCACAAGUAGAGAGAGGGAACCUGUGCUUCCGGUGCAGCAAGCCGGGACAUAAGGCGUCGGGCUGCACCGAGGCGCCAUUUUGCGCGGCGUGUCACCAAGCUAAGAAGCCAGCCGGCCACUAUAUGGGAGGCCAAGCAUGCUGCCCCCCACCGACUAAGGGAAGAGUAGGCCCCGUCCAGACCCAGGGGCCCGAACAGAGAUCCACCCAAGGGGCUGACGAGGGACAAGAGAUGGAAACGUAA